UCGUAUUUGAUCGUCAUAGUUUGAUCAUUUUUGGAGGUGAAGUUAUGUGUGCUUCAUUACGUCAUAUUCCAUUUUAGCUUCUGGAUGAAGAGACUCAUGAAUAGGACCAAAUCCUAUUCGAUCCCAUUCAACCUUUGACUGUUUGUCUCGCCGACUUCAGUCGUCGCUCGCGCGCCUCACUCACAAAUCAUUCAACUCUUCAUCUCGUCGGAGGAAACCGAAAACCUUCGCGUGAAUGAAUCCUUCGAGCUUUACGCGAUCCGGAUAAAAGUUUUCAAGCAUGUGUUGAAGAUGGAAGAAGGAGCGAAGCUGCACCUGAAAGAGUGGCUCAUCACCCAGAUCGACAGCGGCAGCUACGACGGGCUGAGCUGGGAGGACGAGGGGCGCAGCAUGUUCAGGAUCCCCUGGAAGCACGCGGCCAAGAAGGACUACAAGCAGACGGAGGAUGCGGCGCUCUUCAAGGCCUGGGCUGUUUACAAGGGCAAGUACAGGGAGGGGAAGGACAAAGCCGACCCCACCAUGUGGAAGACGCGUCUCCGCUGUGCACUUAACAAGAGCACAGACUUCCAGGAGGUCCCUGAACGCAACCAGCUGGACAUCACUGAGCCCUAUAAGGUUUAUCGCAUCCAGCGAGACAGCGGCUCGACCAAAGCCAACGACUCUGUGCUCAUUCAGGAACAUGUGAUUAUCCAGGCUAAACGGUCCCCAGAGAGCCCGAGUCCGUUCCACAUGCCGCUUCAUUGUCAAAAGGAAUUAUUUGUGGUAAAUAAACAAGAGAAGCCGCUGACCGACGACCUGAUGAGGGAGCACAUGUACUGUGAGUUAACAGAGCCAAGCGUUCCCGCUCCUCUCGCCUUCCUCAGCUCCGCCUUCACGGUCUCAGACUUCCGCCUGCAGGUGGUGCUGUUGUACCAGGGCCAGCGCGUGAUGAAGGUCACCACCAGGAGCCCGGACGGCUGCUUCAUCCUGCAGGGCCCCGUGCCCCUGGGCAACGAGCGCAUCUACGGCCCGUGCUCGGCCCAGCAGCUCCCGUUCCCGUCCCCCGGCUCCGUGGCGCUGCCCGCCUGCUUGGCCGAGGCCAUGAACCGCCUUCUGUGUCACCUGGAGAGAGGCGUCCUGCUGUGGGUGGCUCCAGACGGGGUGUUCAUCAAGCGCUUCUGCCAGGGCCGGGUUUACUGGAACGGGCCCUCGGCUCAACACGCCGACCGGCCCAACAAGCUGGAGCGGGAGAAGACCUUCAAACUGCUGGAUAUCCCCGCUUUCCUCUCUGAGCUUCAGAGCUGUUUACAGGGGAAAGGACCCACGCCUUCAUGUGAGAUUGAGCUCUGCUUCGGAGAGGAGUAUCCAGACCCUAAUGUACCGAAAAGCAGGAAGCUGAUCAUGGCGCAGGUGGUGCCCAUGUUCGCCGUGGAGCUGCUGCAGAGGUUCAGCCUCGCAGAGACGGAGAAGCAGCCGACGCUCAGCUCCAAAGCCGAGGAGAAGAUGGAGAUGUAGAAAAAUAGGAAUACAUUAUUACUGCAGCUUUACUGUGAUACCAACAAGGACACUUACUGUAGUGGGAAUGUGUGCGAGCAGGUGCUACUGUACAUUUUAAAGGGAAACAUACACAUACUUUGUUUUUUACCUCGAUUGCUUUCUUUCCGUCCAACAUUCAGCUAAACCAGGGAGAUCUGGCAAUAAAACAUGUUUUUCUCUGUUUCACGAUAGUCUCAUAUCCAGCAUGUGCAUUAAAUAAUAAUUUAAGUGUUCCUUACUGUGUAAUGUGUGCAGGUAAUCCAUUGAGGGAAUAAACCUAGAGCUGUGAUUAAAUCUAUAAA